AUGUAUCGAGAUGUCCGGGAUGAAUGUACUGAUGACGCUUUACGAAAUGACUGGCAAGAAAAACGAAGCGCAGGCAUUGUGUCCCUGAAGACUCGUAAUAUGGCUUUGAACAAAUAUAUGCACCCUAGAAAUUUCUACCGGACGAAGAAACCAAACUUCAAGGAACUCGCACAGAAGUAUGACUUUUUUCAAGAAGUCGCAAUCUCAGACGAGCACGGACGUGUCUCACUAGAUUUUAAAAUCCCUGCUCAUCUCAGUGCAUUGUCCAAGGCACUACUAUUGGAAGACUUCAACUUGAAUGUCGAGUUUCCCCUGGAUCGCCUCGUGCCAACUGUGCCAUUACGCUUAAACUACAUUCUUUGGUUAGAGGAUGUAAUAAAGAGUGAGUCCAUUCUGCUUCGUUUUCAUUUAUUUCUAGGUUUUACGAAACCUACCGACCAAGUGGUCAUCUUGGAUAUUGGCGUAGGCGCUUCUUGUAUAUAUCCACUGCUGGGUGCCAAGUGCAAUGGCUGGAGAUUUGUGGGCACAGAAAUUGAUGCACGGAACAUGUCUGUUGCCUGCUCGAAUGUUCAACGAAAUUCGUUGCAAAAUCUAGUCAAACUAAUUCAAAUCAAGGAUGGUGCGUCGUCACUAGAUGCAGUUUUUUCACAUGGCACGCCGCCGGAAUCGUACCUGACAGCAGUGAUGGCCAAUCCACCGUUUUUCUGCGGGACAUCAGAUGCCGUUGGCACCACUACAAACAGGUCUAUCACGCGACCCGCAUCCAAGACAGUUUCAUCAGCGGCUCGGCACGAAUGUCAAACACAAGGUGGUGAGGUUCUUUUUGGCAUGCGUUUAGCUCGGGACAGUGUGAAGUAUGCCACCCGUGUGGGUGUAUUCACCGUGAUGCUUGGCAAGAAAAGCAGUGUUGUUCCGUUGAAGCGAAUCCUAAAAAAACUGAAUAUCCCACGCAUAUCUGUUUAUGAACUUUGCCAAGGACGGAUAAUGAGGUGGGGACUGGCGUGGACCUUCCAGCCCAAUGUUGAGUUCCCUACAUCUGAAUUUCGUCGGCUUCGAAAGCUGGAACGACCUCCGCUGAAAUUCGAACUCCCACCCAAACUGUCUUGUCUCCCACACUAUACAGUUGAUGCCCUUCUUGAUUGGCUUCGGAACGAAUUCAGGCAGUUAAAGAUGAGGGUUCUGGAUCAAAAGAAUCGAGCCGAAAUCGGUGGUUUCCACUUGUCUAUAUGUGCAUUUGAAAAUACUUGGACUCAUAACCGGCGAAAACGUCGUGAGGCCGAACGCUUGUCUAAGUCGCAACAGAUAAACUCUUCUGGGAUAGAACCUGCGAACAAUGAGUCCUCAAAUCGAUCUGAACAAGCUGGUUCGAAUGAGUCUCAUUCUCCGGAGAAACUCCUAUCUUUCAAGCGUCCAUUGGAUCCAGAUUUCAUAGAGCCGGAUACCAAUAAAGAGAUGAUGACUAACAACAAUCCUGUCGUUGACGGGGAUUUCGCUUCAGAAGUCAAGCGAAGACGACUUGCCGAAGUAUGCGAAGAGGGCGAUGCUUGGGUAGAGGAUGACAUCGCUCAGGUUACUAUGAAUUCUGAACACCCGUCUAUACCAGUUCGACCCAGCCCUGCUCCUCCAAUCAUCCAAGCAGACGUAUUCGUCGAACAAAGCAUCACAGACUCGUCAUCCAUCAAUGAAUGUGGAACUGGAGGUGGAACUGUUGAUGAGGAUGAUGAUGAAUGUCUACUUUCGUCCGAUCCUUCUGGACCUUUGGUGAUCAAAAUUGUGUUUACCGGUGGCUCUUGCCGGGAAGCUGCUAACCAGAUUAUGUGUUACCUAAAAAAUCGCCUCCGAUAGGGUUUCGUUUUUAUCACAUGUAAAUACACACUUUUUUAAUAUUACACUUGUAAACGAA